AUGACUUAUCGUGAUAAUGCCAUUAAGCUUUUAAAAGCUGCCCUAUCAAUCGGUUUAAACGGAUUCGAUAGAAAAGCUGCUGAAAAAAAAGCAGAAAAAAUCGAAAUUCACGUGUACAGGAAAAUUUAUUUGCAAGAAUCUAGAGAAAAAUAUUGUGGAAAAAUGCGCAGUCUGGUAUGGAACCUAAGACACAAUCCAGUUCUUCGCAAGAAAGUAAUUUCCGGCGAAAUUAGUGAAGAAUCAUUUUCUAUUAUGCCAAAAGAAGCAAUGCAAACCAAUGAACAACGAUGCGAAAACCAACGAAUCAAAUUAGAAAACUUAUUCACUUCAAUCAAGAAACCGGAACCGAUCGCUGUGAGAUAUGACAAUGGUGACUUAUAUAAACCAUCGGGUAUUAUAGGUGGUAAUGGAGUCGAUGCUGACUCCAAUUGGUAUGGGGUAGCGAAUGUCAUCAUCAAUAGGCAUUAA